AGCGAUCGCCCGCUCAAUGGCGCCCGAACUCCCGGCGGUGGGUACGCGCCUUAACCAUGCAGGCUCCCUGGGAACCGUCAGGUAUGCGGGCGCAGUCGACGGCACACAAGGACUGUGGCUCGGAGUCGAGUGGGACGACCCCAGCCGCGGAAAACACGAUGGCGUCAAUGACGGAAAGCGCUAUUUUACCUGUCUCGUUCCGAAUAGCGGAUCUUUCAUUCGCCCCUCUGCUGCAAUCUCGUACGGCGUGUCAUUCCUAUCCGCUCUCACCGCCAAAUACAUUGAGACACCCCAUGGUGGCGCAUUGUCGGAGAAGAUUGUUCUAGGGUCCUCGGGCGGUGCUAUCGAGGUCGAGGCUGUAGGCCUGAACAAGAUCAGAAGCAAGCAAGCUCGCCUGGAACGCUUACGGGAAGUCAGCCUGGAUUAUGAGAACGUUUGCCGGGGCGAUGCGCCCGGAGAAAUACAACGAACUUGUCCAGGUGUCCGCGGUCUCGACUUAUCCAGGAAUCUGAUCUCCUCUUGGGAUAUUGUCGCGGAAAUAACGUCCGAGCUUACCGAUCUCCGGAGCCUCCGCCUGAACCAGAACCGUUUGUUGCCCCUGAGUUAUCUCCGUCCUGACUCUACAGCUUUUCAUAAACUCGAGGAGCUGCAACUUAGCGCUACCUUAUCGACAUGGAGGGAGUUUCAAGCUCUGUUGCCCUUCAUGCCUGCCCUUAGGAUUGGGGAGCUGGGAUACAAUAGACUACGACUACUAUCGGGCGAUCCGGGGUCUCUACCGAGUAUUUCUUCUCCGGCCCUGCAAGAGGUCAAUCUAGAUGGAAAUGAGCUCAGCAGCUUUGUUGACGUCCGCGAAGCGGUGAGCAAUCUACCGGCCUUGCAGCGGCUCGUCCUCACCUCGAAUCACUUUUCUCAACUCCAUCCGCCGCCGCUAGAGCCUGAAGGAGACGUCACCGCUGGGACACCCGGCGGUGCACAGCCCUCUCCGCUCGGAGGGCUCAAGCAUCUUGCGCUCGCAUUCAACAGGCUUGCCUCGUGGCGCGACAUUGACACGCUUCCGCGCUGGUGCCCGGAGCUCGAGUCACUCUCGCUUGCGGGGAACCCCCUCGUUGACGAUCCCAGUCAAGCAAGCUAUGCUCGGGCGUACACCAUCGCCAAGAUUCCAUCGCUCAAGGUGCUUGAUGGUGCCGCAAUCUCCCCUCGCGAGCGCACGGACUGCGAACUCCUCUACCUCUCCCAUAUUGGGAAGCAGACCUUCACAUCUGACGAGGAGAAGAGGGCCGCCCAUCCGCAAUGGGAGGUGCUGUCAAUCAAACACGGUGUGGCGGAUUCCCCAGUUGCGGUGGUAACCUCGGACACGCUCAGCAGUCGCCUCAUCAGUAUUCGGACCUAUUACUGCUCUACCGUGCCCCCGCAAUCGCUAGCGGCAGACGAAUUGGCCGCCUACUUAGACCGCCGCAAGGCCGAGCUGACGCUUCGCGUGCUUUCGAGCAUAUCUGUUAGGACUCUCCGCCUGAAACUCAUGAAGAGUUUCAAGAUUCCCAAGGCGCAGCACGCUGCUGUUCGGUUAUGGAUGGUGAUGCCCGACGGGCAUUUCGUGGAGCUUGACGCAGAGUACGCUGAACGGGACCUCGCGUAUUGGGGGGUGGACGAAGACACGCAGUUUGUACUCGUAGACGAAUGAACAAUGUAUUCUUUCCUGGUCUAACACGUACAGGAACUCAACAUAUACAGGGACUAGAAUAUGCAGGUCGCUGCAAAAGAAGUCUCUCACGUACCUGUUGCCGCCGAUGCCUCCUGUUGUCAUCCCGACAUGUCAUGUCGCGAUGUCGAUUAUUGUGAUAUCCACGGACGGAGCAAGGAUUUUCGCCGGAUCCCGACAAGAGAAGAAGCCAUUCGCACGAGUAAGCGCGCCCAUGCACGCCCACAAAGCUGCCGCGACGUCCUGGCCCAUUAUUGAACGACAACCAGCCAGCCCCGCGAGCGUCUCGACGAGGAACUCCGACAACCGACAGGAGACCAGCGCAGAUAAAACGGUCCUUGUUUUGCCCGCUAUAUCGGCACACAUCCGACGAUACCUUGAAUCAGGUCCAUCCGUCUUGAGGCCAACGAGUAGCGUGCAGCCAGUAUCCAGCAGUGGAAGGUCCUCGGAUACAAGGAGAUAAACGGAACUCGGCGCCAACUCCUGCGGUGGGCCUGGACGCGCCGGCGGAGAGAAUGUGGAGGUUACAAGACGGCGGGAUAUCCUUCGAGCUCGAGAUACACGACCACUCCUUUUCCAUACAGCAGAAACCUAUUCAACCGAAGCGAGGGAAGUCCAGAACGCCUUUUCGGAACCCCGGGUCCACAACGCCAACGGAUUUCAAUCCGGAAAACCAUGGCCUAAUCCUCAGCGUGCCCAUGUGUUAUCCCCGUUAGCGUGCCUCGGCGGCCUAUCAUCGACACGAUCGUCCCUCUCGUCCCGACGGCGAUCGUCCCUGCGUCUGUCAACAUCGUCCCUGCAGGCCUUCUAUCAUCAUCCCUCUUAGGAGGUGGAGACCUGACGGGGCGACGAUCAUCGACUUCAGUGCGGCGAGGAGGCGACCUGGAGCGUUCCCUGCGGUAGCCGCGGUCGUCCCUGUGACGAUCUUCGCGGUGCCUGUCAUCUCUGUAGCGGUCGUCGCGGUACCGGUCGUCGCGGGAAUACCGAUCAUCGCGAGCGUGACGAUCAUCACGGCGGUCAUCACGACGAUAGUCAUCAGCCCCACCACGCUCACGGUCCAAGGCAACACGAACGGGCUGCCCACGGAGGUCACGGCCGUCAAGCUCCUUAACGGCACGCUCGGCAUCCUCACGCGACAGAUAUUCCAAGAUACCUUCGCCUGGAGCAUCGCGAUCUAUGUCAGCGUAGGAAACGCUACCGGCUUCGCGUCCGAAAUCUUUCAAGUCCUGCCAGCUGGUGUCGCGGGAGAUGCCCGAUACGAUCAGGCGGAACCCAGGAGGCCGUCUGGCGCGGGAAGCACGCUCAGCUUCGUACGGGUCGCGGCGAGGACGUGUCUCCUUAGCGAACUCCACGACGAUAUUGGCGCCCAUGAAGCUCUUGCCAUUGAAGUGCUGAAGAGCAUCCUCGGCGUCACGGGAGCUUUCAAACUCGACGAAACCGAAACCCGUCAUGACGCGACAGUCAACGAUACGACCGUAGCCGUCAAAAAAUUUUGAGACGUCCUCUGAGCGAGCAUCUGGGGGCAGCUUUCCAAGGUAGAGACGACGGGCCAUUGCGG